AGCGUUGGCUCAACUUAGGAGGCAUGGAGCUGUCCUUAGGACAGGUCUGCCGCCAGGCGCAGGCUCCGGCCCAUGAGAUGCUGCGGCAACUACCCGCAGCACCCGGAUCGCCAGGAGCUGCCUGGACCUGGGGCCGAGGCUCGGCAGCAGUGCUGAGCGCUUGGGCUGGAGCUGGGGCAGCUGCAGCGCGCAAGGCACCGACUGCGCGGCGGGCUUUUGUAGAUCAUUGCGAAACAGUCCAGCGGCGCCAGCGGGGGCAGCUCUCGCCUGAGUUUGAGAGCGGCGUGUCCACUGGUUGGAAGAAGUUGGACGAGUUCAUGCGACCUGUACGUGGCGAAGUCGUCGUAGUUUGUGGGCAGCCGGGUUCUGGCAAGAGCGAAUUUAUGUUGUCGCUUGCCGUGAAUUUGGCCAAGCUGCAUGGGUCGAGAACGGGCCUCUGCCUUUUCGAGCACAAGUGUGAUGAGCUGUUCAUCCAGUUGCUGGAAAAGCUCAAUGAGGUGCACUUCAGCCUCCUGAAGCACAGUCUGGAGAGAGAUCGACAGUUCCUGUCGCGCCACUUCAAGAUUAUCAGUGAGUUCUCAGAAGAAGCCACAGUGACGGAGAUUCUGGCCAGCGCGGCAGCAUUGGUUGAGCAGGAUGGCCUUGAGAACCUCAUCAUCGACCCAUACAACUACAUAGCCAAGCCGGAGAACUGCAGAGACUCAGAAACCGAGCUGGUGAGCAGCUACAUGACGCAGAUUCAGCGGUUCGCAAAGAAGUACAAAGUCUGCGUGUCAGGCGAUUUCCAUAGCACUUGGACAUUGCCUGGCAGGUGGUGGUACACCCGUCCAAGGGCUCGCAAACCUCGGGCAACAGCCCCAGUUUGUACGACUGCCAGGGCUCUGCCCAUUGGUACAACAAGUGCGAUAAGGGCAUCAUUGUGGUCAGGCCGAACAGGAAUCCGCAGCAAGGCUCUACCCGCCAGGUGGAGCUCCAGGUGCAAAAGGUGCGGGACAGUGCUUCUGGGCAGCUGGGCACUGUGAAGCUUACCUUCAACCCCGCCACGCGUGGCUACAGCGAUUCCGAGAACGAGCCCGAGCUGCGGAGUCGGGAGCUUCUGAGGAGCCACGCCUGAUAAAAGGGCGGUGCCCCGACUUUAGGACUUUUAGAGUCGUUCCGAGCAACGAGCGAGAUGCGGUGGUUGUGGAC